AUGGCUGUCGCUGUCUCAGCUCGAUCGCACCAAGUCAGUAGCGGCUUUCCCGCUGAUUCAGCUGCAGCCUCUAGCCUCUCGAAUUUGUCAACAUCGCAACCGCCCUAUCCCGGCCGUUCGUUGCACGAUGCCGCCUCCUCAUUCGCGGAUCUUGUUCUAGGCGCUUCCAGCAGUCGCACUGUAGCAGCAGCAGGACCUGACGGCCACUCCGCAUCUCACGCCGCUUCUCACGCCGGGAUUCCCGGACAAUCCGCGGCUCGCGAAGCAGCCUCUCUCGAAGUUGACGUGUCAGCACAGCUGUCCGUCGCGGACCUGCUGACGUGUCUCUCGCGGAUUGAAGAGCGGUCCGAGCAGGUAAAAGCGGAGAUCAUACAGGAGGUGGAAGGCCGACACGAGGAGCUUCGGCAGCUGAUGUGGCAUGCGUGCCAGGCUGGCGAUGACGUGGCGGUUCUGCUAGCUGAGGUGGAUGCCCUGGCUGCCAGUGUUUCACCAGCAGAAGCCACCGAAUCCGAUCCUAGCGGAAGGGAGGGAGGAGGGAAUCAUGAAUUUGGCUCGGGACCAGCUUCGGCAACUGGCUCGGGAGCAGCACUAGGGUUCGUGGAGGAGGUGGUAAGGGCGACCAAUGAGGUGCGAGCGUUGAAUCAAGCAGCCAAUGAGAAAGCAGAGAUUCGGAAAGCAGUGGAGGAGAUUGUUCAGCUCCAAAAGAAGCAAGCGGAGAUGCAGCUACUGCUGGGGAGAGGAAGGCUCCUGGAAGCUGCGACUCUGGCUCGAUGUCUUAAAGACUCCUUUGUGGAGGGUAGGGACGGGGAGGGAGAGGGGGGUAGGCAGGGCGAGGGAGAGGGGAAAGGUGGAGAGGAGGAGCAAGGAGAGGAGCCUGUGGUGGUGACGCUGCUGCGGCAGCAAGUGGACGGCAGCUGUAAGCAGCUGCAGCACAGCCUGGAGCAGCAGCUGUGGCAGAUGCUGGUGAUUGACCCGUCCAGCCACUCCAUCCGUAUAGUCACAUCCGCUGCACUCACACCCGCCAUCACCAGUGCUGCUGCUAGUACUGCUGCUUCCACUCCUAUAGUGCACUUACCAGAGGUGCUGUCUGCCCUAGAAGUGCUGACGUCACCAGUACUCCCCCAACCAUCAAUACCAUCUACAUCAGCAGCAGCAGCAGCAGGAGCAUCAUCAUCAUCCUCACUGCCAGUAGCAGCAGGGCCGCUAUGGUCGAGAAUAGCAGCGUCCAUCCAUUCAGCCAUCGUGCUGCCUCUUCUCUACUCCCCAUCCGCCUCACUCAUCGCCUCCCCACCUGCUGAUGCCACCCCUGCUUCCCCAAGGGACGCUGCUUCUCCCCCUGCUGUUGCUCUCAUCCAUGUGCAAUCCGAAACCUCCGCACCCGCAUCAGCGACACAUGAGCCAUCAGCUGGAGAACCUUCAGAUUUUUCAGCAGCAGCAGGAGCGGCAGCAGGAGCGGCAGCAGGAGCAGCAGCAGCAGCGGUGACGCCCUUCCAUCUGUACCCGCUCCUGCUCGACCUCAUCCGCUUUCUCAGCCGCCAUCUCACCACCAGCAGUGGUGGCGGUGGCAGUGGCAGCACCAUUCGACUGCAGCGUCUGGCAGCGGCCCUCUGGCCUCGAAUGGCCGACAGCAUCAUUGAAAGGCUGCGCUUCAGGAAACGAGCUGGCUCGGUUCCAGGAGGUGGUGAAGGUCACUCGGCUGUUCAGUCAACGUUCCAAAGCUGCUCUUCCAAUGCCAAGCACAGGUUUCUGUUUUCUUCUUUUCUCUUCCCAUCUCUCCCUCAGGCUGUUCCCCAGGAAACGAGGGAACUGGCUCGGUUCCAAGAGGUGGUGGAGGUCACUCGGGCGUUCGAAGCAGCUCUCAGAGCGCAGGGUUUUCUCGCCCCUCUCCCAAAAGCUUCUGCAACAGCCAGGGACAUGAAGUUAAGGGCAGGGGUAGCAGUGAAGAAAGCAGCACCUGUGGGGGACAGGCUGAUGGCGUAUGCGGCCGACGUGGACGUGCAUUUCGCAGAGAAGAAACGAGUGGCUGCUCUGGCGGCUGUGAGGCACCUGCUGCUCAAGGGAGAUUUUUCGGUUUCACGGCUGGUGGUCACUCCGGUGAGUCCAGACGUGAGCAACUUGUCGCUACAGCCCGCAGUGUUUGGGCAGCAGGUGCUGCAGCUGGUGGCGGGAGAGGCAGGCAGUGCUGCUGCUGAUGUGACGUCUGACAUGGACAACUCGGUAUUCUUCUGGGAGCCGUGCCACGUCAGCGAGCCUGUGUGCAAGAUCCUCGAAAUCGUUCACAACACCAUGGAGGAAGCUUCCCAGUCCACGGAUCGUACGGCCAUGGAGCUCUAUCGGGCUGCACGGGACAUCUUCACCCUCUACCGCGCUCUGCCGUCCUCCGCUCCUGUUGACGUGGCACAGCUGGCAAUGAUCGCAGUCAACGACCGCCUGCUGCUCAGCCACGUGUGCCUCUCCCUCGCGUUGCAGUACCGCGCGCGCCUGCCAGCUGGCGUGCGCCACGUGGCCACCUUUGCUGACGUGGCGCCGUUCCUGCGCCAGCUGGCGGAGGAGCAGAUGCAGCGCGUGCUGGAGCGGCACCACGGGUAUCUCAUGGAGGCAUUGGACGGAGCACAGGGGUUCAGGAACACAGACGAAGAGGAGGUGUACCGGUGUGCGUUGCGGGCUCUCAAGCAGGUCGUCCAUCACCUGGCCCACCUCUCCUCUGUCUGGCGCCCAGUCUCACCGCCCUCGCGCUACCUCCGAGCCAUGAGUCGUCUCGUCUCUGCUGUGCUCUCCCGCUGCUGUGCGCACGUGCUCGCCCUGCCAGACAUAUCCGUCGAUGAAACCGAGCAGGUGGGUGCUCGAGAAGGGAUGCUGACUCGUCUGCCUCCUCUAUUCCACGUGGAUCUCUCUGGAGCCACUGGCAGCGCCCAUGGUGCCACGUCAGCAUCUGUAGCUGCAGCUGCUGACCUGGAUGCUGACGUGUCAGAUGCUAUGGCUGACACAGCAACACUUGAGUCACUUGUUCCUGUGUAUCGCAAGCUGAGAAGACUAACAGAUUUGCUUGACAUGCCACUAGUGGCAAUCACACAGGCAUGGGAGAGUGGGGACCUGUGCCGCUGUGGUUUCACCUCUGACGAGGUAACUCCAGAACUCCUGCGUCUCUCCUCCCUCGUCGCUUCAGUCUUCAAUCAAUGCUCUACGCUCCCUCCCACCCCGGAGCCAUGGACCCCUGACGGCUUUCUCGAUGAUCCCGAGGUGGCCGCUAGGAGGCCGGAAAUGGACUCAGCCUGUGAUCUGUGGGAGGGGAAGUGGGUGUACGAGCCGGAAAUGUUCAAUGCGUCGGACAUCCGAAUGCGGCUCAACGGGCGCCGGCUGGUAUUUGUGGGGGACUCGCUGUGCCGCAACCAGUUCGAGAGCGCGCUGUGCCUCCUCGGCAUUGAUCUUCCCGAUGUCUCUGCUGUUGUCGAGCGCACGGGCAACAAUCUGACCAGGAAGGUGGACACAAUGGUGUAUGACUUCACUCAGUUCAACUUCACUGUGGAGUACCACCUCUCGCACUUCCUCGUGGGCUUCCACCGUGCUCCUCCAGACGCGCCACGUCAUAUUCGAGCAGUGGUGAACACAGACGUGGUUGACCCUCUCUUUGCUCGGAGGCUCUUUGACGAUCGGUCAGAGGGGCUGAUACUCGUGCUCAAUGCAGGCCACUGGUUCACCCCGUCUAAGAUAUCAUCUCAGAACGUUUCGUUCCUGGUGAACAACCAGACUCGUCCAGACAUCGAUGAGACCGAGGGGUUCCGCCUGGCCAUGCUGCGAGUGUCAGACUGGCUCCAGCAGUGGCCGCCUCAGGCUGCCAACGCCACAGCUGUCUUCCGCACCUACGCUCCCGCCCACUUCGCGUAA